GACAGAAGCUUUGCAGCAGCUGCUCGGCAAACAAUACCGCUAGAAAUGACAAUGUGGCAGUGCGUCAUCAUCGGCAUUCUGGGUCUUGCGGCGUCUUCCAAUGCCCUCUCCGCCUGCAUCACACAGGCCAACAGUAACGAUUCGGUUCAACACGAUGUGUGCCCUUCAACUCCAAGCUCGUCGCUGUUGCUGAGGAGUGACCGGGGCUUCAGUGACCAGUUCUUUGACUUCAUCGAUGUGACACUGCGUGAAAUUCUGAGGAAUGGGACUGGGCCGCUGCCACCACUGGAUCCACUCGAGAUCAGCAAUCUGAGCCUGUCGCUAGGAUCGGGAAGCGACCCGCUCAUACUGAACCUGACUGACAUUGUCGUCGAAAAUAUAUUGGACUAUGUAGUUUUCAAUGCCUCUUACGAACCUGUUGGAUUCAGAUUAAUUGUAGCAAUAGACUUUCCUGAUAUCACAUUAAAUGCAAAAUACCACAUGAAAGGGUGGCUGGGAGAUGGGCUUCUCUACUUGUUCGGUGAUGGAGAUAUUAAACUUUCUCUCGUCGACAUUUCCCUUUAUGUCGGGUUGGGCCUGAGAACUGUCGAUGGUAUAGUCGACGUGACUUGCGUCGCCUUAGACUACAACGUUGGCGAUGUAAAGAUAAACAUAACGGGUCUCCUCGGCGAUGAAGAACUAGGCGAAAUCUUCAACCUCGUCCUAGAAGACGCUAUCCCAACAUUACUUGAACUCGCAGAAGAUCCUCUUCUAGGAAAAGUGACAUGUCUUCUGAAGGAAACUGCUAAUGAUUUAUUUCAGAAGAACCAGAUCACGUUGAACCAACUGCUAUGCAAAGCUGGUAUAACAUUGUUUUGUUUAGGUGGCAAAUGAGAUAAAAUGUAUGUAAGGGUCUCAUAUACGGUCAAUGAAUGAUAUGUAAUACAGCCCUUUUUGUUUCCUUUAUAUUCUUCUUAAAAAACACACACCGUUAGAAUUAAUAAAAGAAGAAAGCGGUAAGAAAAGUAUGACAGACUCUAAAUAAAAAUCAAUGAUUGUCGA